ACGGUUGAGGGCUGGGGUCUCUAACGCGCCGCAGCAAUGGCCAGACACGUCGAGCUCUAUAACGGCGCCAAGAUGCCCCUCCUGGGGCUGGGCACCUGGAAGUCAUCUCCGGGCCAGGUGACUGAGGCCGUGAAGGUAGCGAUUGACCUUGGGUACCGCCAUAUCGACUGUCAGGUAUACCAGAACGAGAAGGAGGUGGGGGUGGCCCUUCAGGAGAAGCUCAAGGAGCAGGUGGUGAAACGCCACGAACUCUUCAUCGUCAGCAAGCUGUGGUGCACAUUCCAUGACAAGAGCUUGGUGAAAGGAGCCUUCCAGAAGACCCUCAGCGACCUGCAGCUGGACUACCUGGACCUCUAUCUAAUUCAUUGGCCAACGGGCUUUAAGCAUGGUGACGACUAUUUUCCGUUGGAUGCGGCAGGCAGCGUGGUUCCCAGUGACACUGAUUUUGUGGACACCUGGAUGGCCAUGGAAGAGCUGGUGGAUGAAGGGCUGGUGAAAGCAAUUGGCAUCUCCAACUUCAACCAUCUCCAGAUUGAGAGGAUCUUAAACAAACCUGGCUUGAAAUAUAAGCCGGCAGUUAACCAGAUCGAGUGCCACCCAUACCUAACUCAGGAGAAGUUGAUCCAGUACUGCCAUUCCAAAGGCAUUGUGGUGACUGCCUACAGCCCCCUGGGUUCUCCCGACAGGCCCUGGGCCAAACCCGAGGACCCUUCACUCCUGGAGGAUCCCAGGAUCAAGGCAAUUGCAGACAAGUACAAUAAAACGACAGCCCAGGUGCUGAUCCGAUUCCCCAUGCAGAGGAAAUUGGUGGUGAUCCCCAAGUCUGUGACACCUGCAUGCAUUGCAGAGAACUUUCAGGUCUUUGACUUUGAGCUGAGCAGCGAGGACAUGGCCACCUUACUCAGCUACAACAGGAACUGGAGGGUGUGUGCCUUGGUGAGCUGUGCUACCCACAAGGAUUACCCCUUCCAUGCAGAGUUUUGAAGCUGUGGAUGCCUGCUGUUCCACAAGGAACUUGCACCUGUUCCUGCCUCAUUUUUCCUU